UGUAGGGUUGAAGAGAGCAGGGAUGGGCCUACCUUCGGGAUAGGAGGAUUCAGUUGCAGCCCUCGCCCAUCUCCUUCGUCUUCUCUGCAUUCGUUGUUCGGCUCCUUCUUCUUCUUGUUCACCGCCGUAAUCUGCAUUCAGCUCGAGCGCAAGGUUCAUGCCUCGCCUUGCGCCUCAGGCUCCAAGACCCUUGUGCGCGCCUCAGGCUCUAAGACCCUUGUGCGCCUUGCGCCUUUCAUAACAUUGCGGGCAUCAAUUAUUGGCUGCUAGAGCUCUUUACUGCCCAAUUAUUUCACCCACUUUGGCCAAUUUUAUUUAUUUGCUUUGCAUAUGCUUCUUACCAAACUUGACCUUUACUAUUUUAGUGCUAGAUUUUCCACGUGACUGCAGUGUAGUCAGGCGAGAGAGGCGCUCGGGCAACGCCUUGCAUACUGCCAGGCAAGGCUCCUUUUGCUUAGGUGCCAUCUAGGCACUUGGGCGUCGAUGCCUCUGGGUUGCCUGGGCUGUAACAAGGAAAAUACAAAAAAAAGAAAAAGAAAAAGAAAAAAAGAAAAUGAAAGAUCUUUGUCUCUGAAAGUCACAGAAGGCAUGUGAAAUGUCCUGGAAAAUCUAAUGGGAAGAGGAAAAAUGAGAAAUCAAGCAGGGAAAAAUAAACUCAAAUCUCAUUUAUCUGCUGCUACUGCAAACCAACAAAAAGCACUGCAACUCUCUUUCAAUUUCUCCAAUUUUUCUUACUUUUUUAUGGCUGUAAAGGUCACCAUCAAAUAGAUUUGAGUGAGGCAGCAGUCAUUGGAGGUCGGUUGGAGCUGUCACACACCGGGAACCCCCUCGGCAUGUGGAUGAAUGUUCUGGCAACUGCUCUUCACCAGCAGGCUCGCCUGCGACAGGAGCUUCCAGUGGCCUCCCCUCCUCCAAUCUCCCCAUGAAAUCUGGUCCAUUCUGAUAGUUUUGGGAGUAGGCAGCAGCUGUGGUGGUAUUGGUGUUUUUGCAAAGUGGUGGUGCUCAUCUCAAUCUGAUUGUUUUUAAUAUGAGCUCAGACAGCAGAAGCAGAAGCAGGAGCAGGAGCCCUCUGGAUCGUAGGAUCCGUACGGGACGGUAUUCCCAUCGUGCUGGACCUUACAGAAGGGAACAUCAGGGCUUCAGCCAGAGCAAUCUGUGUAAGAACUGCAAACGGCCAGGUCAUUAUGCUAGAGAGUGCCCAAAUGUGGCAAUCUGCCAUAAUUGUGGACUUCCAGGGCACAUUGCAUCAGAAUGCACCACAAAAUCACUGUGUUGGAACUGUCGUGAACCCGGCCACAUGGCUGGCAACUGUCCCAACGAGGGAAUCUGCCAUAACUGUGGUAAGGCAGGGCACCGUGCUAGAGACUGCCCAGCUCCCCCAUUGCCACCGGGUGACCUGAGACUAUGCAACAACUGCUUCAAGCAAGGUCAUGUUGCAGCUGAUUGUACAAAUGAUAAAGCAUGCAAGAACUGUCGGAAGACAGGUCAUAUAGCGCGUGAUUGUCAGAACGAUCCUGUCUGCAACUUGUGUAACAUUACCGGGCAUGUUGCUAGAGAAUGCCCGAAGGCCAAUACAAUGGAAGAGAGGGGCAUGGGGCCUCGUGGUGGUGGCGGCGGCGGCGGUUAUCGAGACAUCAUUUGUCGGAAUUGCCAGCAGCCAGGCCACAUGAGCCGGGAUUGCAUGGGGCCUUUGAUGAUCUGCCACAACUGUGGGGGAAGAGGGCAUUAUGCAUAUGAGUGCCCCACCGGAAGGUUCUUGGACCGCUUUCCCAGGCGAUACUGAUGGAUGAUGAAUGGUAGUACCCCUAGCAUUUUAUGGUUUCAUUUUGAACGACGUUUGUUUGUGUUUAAGGUAGCUGCUGAUGUUGGUCUGUCUCCAAAUAUAUAGCUGAAGAUUGGAACUAUUUAGUACUGAAUUGAUGAUAUCUAGAACUUGGAUUUGAAGCAUAAUUAUGGUAUUGUGUGUA